CCUCUGAACGACAACACGCAGACAAGCCGGGGCUCCUCUUUAGCCGUAAACAACCUUUGUACGACUCCCCGUCUUCGCUCCGGGCUGCCUGCGCGUACUUGUCCCACCAUGGCCUCGUCUCCCGUCAGAGAGUUCCUGGUUACUUAUUUCAUGCCAGACAAAUGCUACGAGGAGCUCUUCGUCCGGCUCCACUUUCACGCGCCGUGCGUUAGGCUUGUGCUGACCAAAGCCGCCGGCUUUUGGAUGUUACUGGACGUGUUACUGGCUCAGCUUCCACAGCUGCUGAAGAUUCUGUGGAGUGGAAGCGCAGAGGGCCUGAGUCUGGUUUCUGUCAUCAUGCAGCUCUAUGCAUUGUCAUGUCCUGUUGUUUACGCCAUGGCCAACCACUUUCCACUCUUUGCCUGGGCUGAGAGGAUCCUCACACUGGCCCAGACACUUGUGAUUGUUUUCCUCAUCCUGCGUUAUCGUGGUGACACACUCAAAGGACUGCUGUUCGUCUUGGCCUACACGUGUGUAAUGUUCCUCCUCGGCUCCUAUGCAGCUGCAAAAGUCAUCUUAGCGAUGCACAGCUCCAGUGUGGCAGCCCUCAUCGCAAGCAAGGCUCUUCAGGCUGGAACAAAUUACUGUAACGGUCACACAGGACAACUGUCCAGUCUGUCUGUGUUUCUGACGUGGGCCGGCUCCCUGGGAGCCACCUUCACUUCUGUACAGGUGAGCGCGUCCAGAAUCACUCACACUGCUGCACUAAUGUACAGUUUACACUGA